AUGACUUUCUGCUACUUUUUGCAAUUUAUCGAUAAAGUUACGUUGAACUAUGGUAAUGUGAUGGGUCUUCAAGCAGAACUCGGGUUGGUAGGCGACCAGUUCUCGCGCCUUCCCAUGUCGUUCUUCAUCGCGUACAUUGUGUUUGAGUUUCUUCAAAUGUUUGUUAUCCAGAAGUUCCCAGUUGCCAAAGUGCUUGGAGUUAAUGUGGUGAUCUGGGGGAUUUUAACAGCAUGCUGUGCUGCCACCCAGAACUUUGCUGGAAUCUUGGUGGUGCGGAUUUUGUUAGGGGCAUCAGAGGCUGCUAUUGUUCCGUGUAUGAUGAUUUUGACGUCCAACUUUGUGGACAAGAAAGAUGCUGCUUUUUUCACGGGAGUGUGGUAUAGUGGACUUGGAAUUGGGCAAAUAGUUGGAGGACUUCUAAGUUUCUUGUUCCAGCACGUUAGUUUGACUGCUCCCGUCUCCGGCUGGAGAAUCAUGUUCAUUGUGAUUGGAAUGUUGAAUAUUUUGGCUGGGGUGUACGUGUUUUUGGUACUUCCUAGCACUCCAUUGGAGAAUAAGAAGUUGACUGCGAAAGAAAAGUAUGUUUUGCUUGUAAAGUUGACUGAAGGAAAACUUGGAGUCACCGGUAAGAUCUUCAAGCCCAAACAGGCGUUGGAGUUGUUGUUUGAUAUCCAAGGGUGGUUAUUCUUGCUCAUCUGUGCAACCAUCUCGUUUUCUUCCAACACCAUUUCCACCUUUUCUUCCAUUGAUAUUGUUUCAUUUGGGUUCACCUCCAAGGAAGCAGCGUUGUUGGGAAUGCCUUCGGGGGUCGUGAGUGUGUUUGCGUCGGUGGUGGCCAGUUACUUUAUCAAAAGAGGAUCUCCAAGGUACUUGACAAUUUGUUGUACGUUGGUUCCAGCAGUGGUGGGGGCUGCCCUUAUGUCGUACUUACCAAGUAACAACAAAGCGGGUCUUUUAAUUGGUAUCUAUCUUGUGAAUUUCAUCACUUGUCCAUAUGCGCUUGCGAUAGUGUGGGCCAGUAGUAAUGUGUCAGGAAGCACCAAGAAGAUUGGAAUGCAGGCUGUUUUCAUCAGUGUUGGGUUUGCUUUGGGUAACAUUACUGGGCCACUUAGUUACCGUGCGGUGGAUGCUCCAAAGUACGAGCCUGCCAAGGUAUCGAUGCUUAUAACUCAGUGUGUGAGCAUUGGGCUUGCGUUGGUGAUUGUGGGAAUUUAUUAUAUCAGAAACAAGAAGAGGGACAAGUAUGUGGGAGAGUAUAAAGAUGAGACGGAGAAUGCCUGGGCAGACUUGACUGAUUUCGAGAACAAGCGGUUCCGGUAUUUGUAUUAGUGUAUUAUGAAUGUAGGUAAUAGAGAUAAGAAAA